GGUUGCGGAUAGCCUAACUAGCGAUUAGCGAAAAGAAGAGGACAAGUCAUCAAGCCCCACGGGCCACGGCGAACAAACAGACAUAUAGGCAGUACAAAAGUGAGGAAAAAAAACGAAAAAAAAACAGGGCGCCCUCACGGCGAACUCCCACCUCCUAUCGCCCCUCACCUCUCCUUUCUCUCUCUAGCCCCGCACAAAUCUCUCCUCCCCUCUCGCCCUCGCCGCAUUGCCCGCCGACGACCCCCCGGCCCCCGCCGGAUAGAGAGGAGGAGGAGCGGCGCGGCUGCGGGAGAGCCGGGCGGCGGCGGCGGAGCGGGCUUCAUGUGCGACCUAGUGGCCCGCACGGGCCGGCAUCAGCAGCGAUGCAUACCAUUUAGGUAUAGAGCUAACAAUGAUGAAACCUCUGGUGACAAAACUAAGAAACUCGUGGAAGUUCUCAUGAUAAAUUCCCAAAGCGGACCUGGUCUUUUGUUUCCAAAGGGAGGAUGGGAGAAUGAUGAAACUGUUGAAGAGGCAGCAGCUCGAGAAGCUAUAGAAGAAGCUGGAGUUCGAGGUGAUAUAGUGCAUUUUCUGGGGCUCUAUGACUUCAAAAGCAAGACGCAUCAAGAUGCGUGCUGCCCUGAGGGUAUGUGCAGAGCUGCAGUGUUUGCGCUGCAUGUAAAGGAAGAGCUGGCCUCAUGGCCUGAGCAGAGCACCCGACAGAGGACCUGGCUCACGGUCCCUGAAGCUGCAUCAAGUUGCCGAUACCAGUGGAUGCAAGAGGCCUUGCUGACAGGCUUCUCUGACUGGCACGACAAGUGGAGCAGAGGCGGCGGCGGCACAAACUGUGACCCGGCCUAACUGCUGACAGGCCCAUCUGCAGUCGUCCAAUUUGUUCAUCUCCUCUCUUUCCCUAGGCCCCCAACCUUGCAGAAUGCAAUAAUACAGUGUACUUGUCUUGAUGCUGGGUUGGUCAUUGACAUGUUAUCUUAGUUGUAGUGGGACGAGGUACAUCUCAUCAAGACGAGAAUUCUCACAACUUUUAAGUGUCAAUUCUCGUGCCCUAUUAUUUCUCGGUUUCAUCCGCUGUCGUCGCGGUGCUGCAGCCUGCAGGCACGCGCCGCACGCAUUUUGUAACUCCGCUCCUGAUUCUGGAGAUGCAUAUGCUAUAUGUAUGAACUGGUAUAACUUUGAAAUCAAAAGUUGCCACUGUUGACUCGA